AUGGAAUUUAUAUCUACAAAGGACAAAUUUAUACCCAACUACAAAUGCAAUAACCAGACCAACACAGUAGUCGUCAUUGGAGGAGCCCGUAGUAACACCUGUCACAACAUGGCAAUCUCUCUGUGCAACUACAAAUUUCCCCAGAUCUCAUAUGGAUCUGCUCCAUUGGUGAAUACUGAAACAGCAACAUUUGUCAAAUGGAUGUUCCCAGAUGAAACCCAUCAAUUUAAAGUAUUACUGCACUUGUUGCUGCAUUUUGGAUGGACCUGGGUUGGGUUAGUUUCUAUGUAUGAAGAAGAUAGGGACAGGUUCAUUCUAAAGAAACUUUCCACAUUUUCAGAGAGAGGAAUCUGCUUUAACUUUAUAGAAUGUCUUCCCCCGGUGAUAUAUGGUAAUGCAGCUGCUGAGUGGAUCGAAGACACAGGUAAAAUAUUCAAGGUGAUCAUGGAAAGUACCACCAUUGCAGUUAUCUUCAGUGCUGAAAUUACAGAUGAGAAUGCUGAAAGGAUCUGCACUGGAGAAGAGAAGCUGGAGACUCUUCCUAAUUCUGUCUUUGACACCACCAUGAAUGGACAUAGUUACAGUCUCUACAAUGCAGUCUAUGCUGAGGCACAUGCUCUGAAGGCCAUGCACUCUGCCAAACUCAAAGGAGGACAAAAAAUGAAUCAGAGGAGAUGGCAGCUCAUCCUCCGAUCACCUUGGCAGGCAUUACCUCUUUCCAUCUGUAACAAGAAGUGUCCUCUUGGCCAUAGCAAGAUAAAAAUGGAAGGGAAAUUAUCCUGUUGCUAUGACUGUAAAAUAUGUCCAGAAGGGAAGAUAGCUGACAAAUUGGAUUUAGAUGACUGUUUCCCAUGUCCAGAGGAUCAAUAUCCAAACAAGGGUCAAAAAAACUGCCUUCAAAAAGCUAUAACGUAUUUAACUUUCCAAGAGCCAUUGGGGAUUUCUUUGGCAGUGAUUGCAGUCUCCUUUUCUGUCAUCUCUGCUGUGGUGCUUGGGAUAUUCAUGAAGUAUCAGGACACACCUAUUGUUAAAGCCAAUAAUAGGAACCUCACCUAUAGCCUUCUUGCUGCUCUCCUGCUCUCUUUCCUUUGCAGUUUGCUCUUCAUUGGGCAACCUGACCAAGUGAAAUGUCUCUUGAGACAAACUGCUUUUGGCAUCAUCUUCUCUGUAGCCCUUUCUUGUAUAUUGGGAAAAACAAUCAUAGUGGUCCUUGCUUUCAUGGCUACCAAGCCGGGAUCUAAAAUGAAAAAAUGGGUGGGAAAUAGAUUGGCUAUCUCUAUUGUCCUAUCUUGCUCCCUGACACAAUUCUGCAUUUGUGUGGUGUGGCUCACAAUUUCUGCUCCCUUCCCAGAUUCUGACAUGCAUUCCCUGGCUAAAGAAAUUGUUUUUCAAUGUAACGAAGGCUCAACCACUAUGUUUUAUACAGUGCUUGCCUUUCUGGGGUUCUUGACUGCUGUCAGUUUCAUUGUAGCCUUCCUAGCCAGGAAUUUGCCUGACAGCUUUAAUGAAGCCAAAUUUAUCACUUUCAGCAUGUUGGUCUUUUGCAGUGUCUGGGUGUCAUUUGUUCCCACCUAUUUGAGUGCCAAGGGAAAAUACAUGGUGGCUGUUGAGAUCUUCUCCAUUUUGGCUUCAGCAGCUGGAUUACUGGGGUGCAUAUUUUCCCCCAAAUGCUAUAUCAUUAUUCUGAGACCUAAUCUGAAUAAGAAGGAGCAACUAAUGAAAAAAUGA